CAAGUUGAAUCGUUGAUCGUCGGCAAUUCAAUUUCUCUUUUUUUACACUCUCAAUUGCAUAUUCGUUAGUUAUAUAUAAGUUGAGAGCUCAAGUCGCUCCUUGUUCAACUUUUUUUUAAGUAUUUUGACGGAGAGUGUGUGUGUUCAUAGACAAGUAGAUAAUAAUAAAAUAAUAAUUAAAUUUAAAAGAAGUUUGAUCAUAUUGAAUCCGGCAUAAUUCGCUACUCCAAAUUUUGAUAUAGUAAAACAUUGAAAUUGAAAUGGAAGAAGAAAAUAAGCGAGAAACUCGUCAGCGAUCCCGUUCAAAAACACCAUUGACAUUGCGAUCAAGUGUCGAUCGUGACAUUGACAUUGAUGGUGAAAAGAAAAAAGUCAAAAAGAAUCCAACGGUCGAAACAAUAAAUGAAGAAUCUCCAGCACCGGUUGUCACACAGCGUUCAACACGCACCAAACGUAAUGCGGCCAAAGCAACAACAAACGAUGUGGCCGAAUCGAAUUCGGUAAAUAAAGAGACAGUUGCAUUGAUUGCAAACUCGGUGGCUGUGGUGCCACAGGCAAUAUCCGCAACUGAACAGACCGUGACAAAAACAACAACAGUCAUUUCAUCGAAAACGGUAAAAACAAGCAGCGGUGAACAAUUAUCAAAUGAAAAACAGCAUCAAUCACAAACAGUUACAAAAUCAACACGUUCACGUGAAGCAAAUCAAAAUGAAUCGAAUUUAUUGCUGGAACAAAAUGCCAAACUGAAGACAAGCACACCGCGUGCCAACAAAGAUGGAUCGUCGGCCAACAGCAAUAACAGCAGUUUCAACAAUAUCAGCAUAACAAAUGGCACAAAUUUGGAAGAUCAUGCCGCAUUCAAGGAGUACAAAGAGGCCGGUGAAUAUUGGAAUAAAUUCCCAAAAACCGAUUAUACAUAUUCAAAGUUGUCGCAACAACGUCGUGAAGUAAAGCCGGGCGUUAUUGCAAUGCCAAAUAUGUCGCGUCGCAGUUUGGAACAUCAUCAAACCCGUGUCAAUGAUAUGAUACGCCGUGAUCCAGCGCAAGAGUCAUUUUUCCGUAGUCGAUAUGAAGCAUUGACCACAUUGCGAAAACGUCGUGCCGCCGAAAAUUACUAUGAUUCACAAGACGAAACUGAUAUUUCAUUCGGUUUGAAUGGCAGCCGAUCGUACAUCGAUUCACGUUCGUACUUCCAACGUGUGAUCACUGUGAUCACAACAUUUUUCUCAACCAUUUACUAUCGCACCACCAGCAUCUUUCGACGUGAACAGCCAAAUGUCUAUUAUGCACGAUAUGCUGAACCGCAAAAAGGUAUCAUUCGACGAUCUUGGGAUAGUAUUUGCGGCGCAUUUUUAUCUGUGUUCCGGUACAUCUAUCUAUGCAUCUCAUCGAUUCUAUUUCUCGAUUCGUGGGCAUUACAAUCGUCAUCAAAGGGUAACAAAAAGAAGGGCUUCCUCAUUGGUCUACUUAUUCUGUUGCCACUUCUUCUCUUGGCCGCAUGGAAUUUAUCUGAAGAGUCCGAUCGAAUAUUGUAUCGAAAGCAUGUAACUGAUACGUUAUCGACGAUACCAUCAUCAUUGCCAUCGUUUCCCGACUCUGUUCAUGGAACGUUUGAUGAAUUCGCAACACGAACGGCAAAAGUUAUUCCGAUUGCAUUGGCAUUAAUUCGUACGCAAACAUCGAAUGUGAGUGACAAAUUAAAAUUUCUGUUCGAUUUCAAUUGGAAUUGGUUGCCAAAUCUAUGGCAAAGUCGAAACUAUCAAAUUACAAAUAACAUAAAAGCGUCACUAUCACCGGAAGAGUAUCAAAAUAUAUUAGGUCACAUCGAUGCAUACAUUGAAACGGUUAUCAAUAAAAAGGUGCAAACUUUGGAAGAGGAACGAUUGCAUCGCGAAACAAUAAUCGAUCAAAAGUUGGCAUUGCGUAUCGCUACAAUUGUCAAAGAACAAAUUAUCACCUACAAAUAUACGUUGACCAAUGAGGAUAUCGAGCGUAUUGCGGAAGUGGUUCGACUAAAAUUGGCCGAUGAAUUGAAAAAUGAACCAAAAAUAUUGCCCUUUGUAUUGUCACAAGAUAAUUUGGAAGAAAUUUCGAAAAUUGUCAAGCAAAACAUUGAAAUUCAUCAUCAUGAAUGGAUUGUUGCACAAAAAACCGCUGAUACACCAUCAACCACUGACAUCAAAGACAUUGACAUCGAUGAAAUUCUCUAUAAGAUUUUAAGUUCGAGCAAAUUGAACAGUUUAAUUGAUCAACGUAUCGAUGGAAAAGUAACGAUUUUAACCGGACAGCUAUCUGAUCAUCAGUCUACAAUUGAUCAACUGCAAAAUGAUGUGAAUGAUCUCAAAGAAAAAUUCCGUAACGUGCUUACCGCAAAUAUUGCCAUUCAAACCACCGUCGAUCAAUUGCAAGGACAACAACAUGAAUUGGACGAAAAGAUUGUUUCGGCACAAAAACAAAAUAAUGAACAAUUAGAGAAGUUUCUACAAGAAAUUGACGCCAAAUUGGGCGUUUUUAAUGAAAAUCAAUUUAACGCCAUUGACAAUCAUAUUCGCAUUAUACUUGCUGAUAUAUUGGGAUAUAAAUCGACAGAUGGUAAACCAUUGGAAAAUGCUGAUCUUACCAACUGGAUUCGAAGCGUAUUCGUGGCCAAAGAAUUGCUGGAAGAACGUUUAUUCGAACUUAAUAGUAAAUUUGAUGAUCGCAUCCACGAUGAAAUUAAUCAAUCGGCCGAUAUUUUAAUAAAAUCCGUUAGUGACACCAUUAAAAAGGACAUCAUGAUUGCCAUUGAAGAAAAACAAAAGAAAAUUAGCGCAACUGGUCAUGCAGACAGCAUUUCACUGGACGAAGUACGUAUUCGGGCUAUUAUCAAAGAUGCACUUGCUGUUUAUGAUGCCGACAAAACUGGAAUGGUUGACUAUGCACUCGAAAGUGCCGGCGGUGAAGUUUUGUCCACUAGGUGUACCGAAAGUUUUAAUGUAAAGUCGGCGGAAAUCUCAAUUUUCGGUGUACCAUUGUGGUAUAAAAGCAAUACCCCACGAACCGUUAUAUCACCGGCAGUCCAACCGGGUGAAUGCUGGUCGUUUCAAGGUUUUCCCGGCUAUCUUGUUCUUAAAUUGAAUAACAAUGUCUUUGUAACUGGUUUCACAAUGGAACACAUACCAAAAAGUCUUGCACCAAAUGGUCGCAUAGAUUCGGCACCAAAAUUAUUUACAGUUUGGGGUCUGGAGACAGUGAAUGAUGGUGAGCCACAUCAAUUUGGCGAAUAUGAGUACUUAGAGAAUGGAACAAGUUUGCAGUAUUUCCCGGUAAAAAAUUAUGAUGCGCAAAAUGUUCGAUCUCACAAUUUAAUUGAAUUGCGCAUCGAAUCAAAUCAUGGUAACAACAAUUACACAUGUUUAUACCGAUUUCGUGUUCAUGGUACGUUGACGCCGUCGCUUAGCUAAAUUUGGUUCGAGUCACGAUCGAAUCGUAAAUAAAUCGUACGACAAUAAGUGAUCGUCGGCCGCACAAAAUUGACAAGUUGAAGGAAAAACAGUCGAACAAAAUGAAACUGUAUUUUUUUUUGUUAACACGUAUUUGUAUAGCACGCGUUAAUUAAUGUAUCUCUGUACAAACUAUUUUAAAAAAAAUUCUGUGUAUAGUUUUCUCCACCCUAUUGUUACUAGUUAGCUUAUAAACGUGAUGUGAGUGAAGCGAAAGAAAAAGAGCCGUAAAAUAGAGAUGGAACCGUCAAGGUUUUAUAUUAUUGUCGAAUCUACCUGUUACAUACAUUUUUCGUAUGUACAUUAUAAUUUGAGCGCCUGAAUUUGACUAAAUUAUAGUUUACCUCGUAAAUUAGUGUUAUGAUUUGUUUUAAAUUGGUACUUUUUUUUAGUUUGAUUUAAGUCCGAGAUAAUAUUGUAUUACACAAGUCAUGCGCACAUUAAAAAUGUGUGUCUCGUCAAAAUAAAGAAUUUUAACGUGAAUUUUAAUGGAAAAAAGAAAUAACAAAAAUUAAAAACAAAUUCGUCUAUGUGUCAAUCAAUAAAACCGGCUCAUUAAAUGACAAGAAAAAAAAUCUUCAUAUCACAACAAUCAAACAAACAAAUUAUGAAUUACACGUGCUCGAGACAAAAAAAGAUCAUUGUAUAAAUAGAAUUUAAGAGUCUUCAAAUGAGUCAUGGUGCAUAAUUUACAAAGUUCAAUCGAUUAAUCUCUUUUUUUUGUGAAUAAGUUCUAUUUUCGUCUAAUUACAUCGAAAUUGAGUUUGAGCAAUUUCGGCUCAGUUACCAGCGAAUUCAUACACCCAAACUUCCUUCUUUAAAUGUUGCAUUCAAGAUUACGCUUUAUUUACUGUAGGUUAUUUUGCACUGCACCAAACAUUUUCCGAAUCUUUGCUCGCACGCGCAAAGAAUUCAUCACAAAACUAUAUUAUGUAUAUUGAUUAUUAAGAAUGAAUCCUAUAGAAUCGGCGCUACUUGUUAAAUGAUUUAAUUUCUCUCUAUCUUUUUAUUUAGCUUGUAUUUACAUAAAAACGUACCUUAAGAUCAGAUCAUAAUUACCUUAUAAGUUGCCUUAUAGACCUAAGCAUCAAUAACGCUCUUACACCGACCGAUGGCAGUGAAACGCAUGCGUCGCGUCAAAACAAAAAAAGAUCAAUGAUCGUCUCAAAGACGUUUUAAUUGACACAAACACACGUGCAUACGCAGUAUAUGAACAUUUCUUGUUUCUUAAAUUGAAAUUGAAGAAAAUAUAAUAAAAAACGUACAUUUUCACAAUGAUAAA